UCUACUGCUUUCCGCGGAAUCAGUAAUGACUUCAUACAUAAGGGCCGAUCACUGCAGCCAUCAGCGCGAACAGGAGAGACUCCACUGCAACUGACACGCGUCAUUUGAGGAGACUACCUAUCUCUCAUUCCGCCGACAACAUACCCUAACUUAUAUACCAUUUAUUGUGCUAUCCAGCGAGCAACAAGGGAAUCUUCGACCAGGUCUCUGUGGCCAGGACAACAAGAACACCUUCCCCAUUAGACUUGCGCUCUCGCUUUGAGGCCCUCUAUGGCCGUCUCUGGGCACCAACUUUGGUGGACGACGAGCAAUGGCUCUGUUUUCAUCCCAUCAAAAACAAGCUCAUCAACGUCAACCACCGAAAGCGCGUCCGACGAACAUUCCCAGUCUUCCGUCAGAUCCACGUCGCCCGCGUCGGCUUCUUCCACCUCAUCUCCGCUCACGUCCUUCACGACUUCUUCUCCGGCCUCUUCUGUCUCUACCACGAACACGAUACCCACUGUACCCGCAUCGGGCGUGAUAUCCAGUCUCACGACCUUCACAACGACUUUUCCCACCACCAUCACUCAACCGACGACCACUUUCACAUCUCUUGCAGAAUCGGUGGUCGUAACCACCGCUGCCACUACGACGAUACCCGCCAACCAAGCGCUCGCCAGCUCCAACCCUGUCUGUAUCGGAGCUGGCACAGACUCUUCUACCGACGGAGUACUCGCAUCUCUGAUUCUCCCCAGUGUCAUCGGGCUUCUGAUUUGGAUUUUGUUUGCGGUUCUGAGACCGAGGUUUCGGCAGGUUUACGCGUUGCGGGAGUGGUUUGUGGAGCAAGGGCUUCGGCCCCAACCACUUUCGUCUUCGUUCUUCGCUUUCCUACACCCUCCGGUGCCAUUGAUCCCUCCGGUGCCCUCCGAUGUGUCUGACAUGGGUCGCUCGCCCGCGGAAGACGCGGCUCUGUUCCCGUCAGACGAACAAUUGAGCCAGCGCGCCGUCUGGAUAGCACUGCUCAUUGUUCUUGGAUGGGCGUUCCUCGGCCUGGUUGGAGCGCUUCCGCUCUACAUGGUCUCGACGCCAUGUCUCGCGGACGGAAACUCCCCAGCUGUAUUCGGUGGGCAGUACUCGACGCUCGAAGAUCUUAGUCUUUUGCGGCUACUGCGGGCCGUAGAAGCCCACAACAUUUCUUCGCAAAAUCUGUUAGCUUCGCGCGCCGUUGUUGCUGGUGCUGGUGACCCCCAAAACCUGCGUGUGCGCCUGAUUGUGCUGACCGUCUUGGUCAUCGUGAUCGGUCUUCUUCCUUCCCUGUACAAGAUCGUGAAAGAGUUGCGGCGAUUGAUCUCUUUCCGGCAACGCUGGCUCGAAUAUCGCUGCCAGGGAAAGCAGUUGGGCUGGCUGAGCGCAAAAGAUGCUCGUGGUUUUGCUGGAUGGGGCGAGCAGAGGUUCAAGACCUUCCUUGCUACGAAUGGAAUGAGUUCUGUCUUUCAGAGUGGCUCACAGGCGCAGCGACGCAGUCCGCCUCGGGAUGGGUCGGCUCAUGAGCCUGAUGCGGAAUCCUACGAGGUUGAUGUCACGAAUCUGUACUCUAUCUGCGAUACCCAACGUCUGGCGCUCCUGAUCGACGAGCGCGACGAGAUUCUCGAGAACUUGGAACUUGCCGAGACUCGUUACAUUUCGUCGUUCAGGCUCACGACCCCUGAUCCCUCCGUCCUCGACUUCGAACCACGUAGCGCUCCAGAAGGUGAGGAUCCAUCGCGGCCAUACAUCAGUCAUCCGUUGCCUCUGCGGAACCAGACUGUGACGCGCCGACCACGCCGAAAACGAUCAUUGAAUCCCGCGUUUGCCGCGUCAUCGCUGGCGCCGAGAUCCUUCGUCGCACCGUCGGUUUACUACAAAUUGAAUCGCGUGCACGGUGUUAGUGGCGGGCAAUUCGGAGGUGAAGGCGCCUUGAAUGGAAGCACAAACGGCCGACAGUCGCUCGCUCAGAGCAUCAACUCGCGUCUGGUGGGCAGCCGAUUCCAGGAGAUGAAUCGCAACUCCGGAUUUGGACACGUACCCCUCGGCAGUCAUGUUCAGGUGGGCAGCUCCGGAGAUCUGAGGCCCAUUGACGAGCAUGGCUUCCUGAACAUUCCGGACCCGACGCGAUACGGUCCCAACCAGACCGUCGAGGAUCUGUUGAAUGGAGAAGAUAAGGAAUGGGUGGAUGUUGAGACGGAACAUCACCCUCGCGCUGACGAAACGGAGCACAACGGACCUGUCCCCGGUGCAUCCAAGCGUGAGACGUUCCCCUUCCGCCGCCAGCAGUCCAGCAUCAACCCGGAUACUGUUGCACCGCCGCAUCUCCGACUGCAGCCGAGCCAGCCGUUUGUGCGACCGAAUGAUGGGUUGGAUUUCGAGCAUCUCGGCUCGGUGUAUGCCGAUAUUUCGCAGUGGCGGACUCGACUGAAGGCGAUCAAUGUCGAGAUCAGCGAGGCGCAGACGACAGGCUACGAAGAUAUCGCCGGUGGUGUCCAUAUCAAGGGGUGGUUGAUGAUCGGUCGUGGUCUGCGGUUCAUUCCUGGGAUGCAGAUCAUCGAAGGCAUGGCCAAAGAGGACGUCCGCUGGGACGUGUUGCAAAACGAACGGGGACCGUUGGACUCGGUUGUGCUGUGGUCUUUGUUGAUCGUCGCGAGUGUCCUGCUGAUGGCUGGCUUGACUGCCGCUGUUGGAUUGUCCUUGGUCAAUGCCCCCAACGUCGCACACUAUCUGCCUUUCCUGGCACCGUUGCUCACUGCAAAUAGCAUUGCGUCAGGCCUGGCCACUGUUCUUGCACCGGCUGUGGCAGGGACACUCUUCAUAUGCCUCGCCAUGGUCAUCAUCAACUAUGCGUCCCAAAUCCGAGGCAAUGUCUCUCGCUCGAGCACCCAAUUAUUUGUUUUCCAGCUCACGUUUUAUAUCCUUUUUGGGAUUGGUGCUAUCUGGCUCAUCACCGUCGGUGCUCUGAUCUACGCGCUCCAGCAGUUCAACACCGGACCCGGCCGAUCUACAUCCGUCGCCGACGGGUCCAUCUACAUGGCCAUCCUCGCCCUGAGCGUGAUAUUCACCGCAGCCAUCAUAUUUCCGGGCUUCCUGUUGCUGCAGCCGUUCCGACUGUGGCACGUGUUGAAAGCGGAAAAGCGCGCCAUCACACCCAGACAAAAGUUCCGAGCAAUAUACCCUAGGACUUACAACCCCGCAUUCGCAAUCGGGGCCUGUAUCCUUGCUAUCAUCUUUGCUUCAACAUUUUCGCUCAUCUUCCCUUUAAUUGCCCCUGCUGUUGUGCUGUUGCUGUUUCUCACUCUCGUUGCUCAUCGUUUCCUCGUCGGCUACGUCUAUGCUCGCACUCACUCACAAACGGGUGGUCUAUUGCAGAUCUGGCUGCUCCGGCGGUUCGGCACUCUGCUUGGGCUCCAGCCCAUUCUAUUGGGCCUGAUCUAUCUCAGUCGCCGCUUCUGGAUCGAAGGCGGAGUGUUGGUCGGUGUUGGGUUUUUCGUGGUUGCGCUGGUGGAGAUAUACACCAUCGUCCGGACCCGACUGCCCAGCCGGCGGUCGCUGUCGGGGAUCACCCGGGACUCGCUCAGCAAAUUUGAAGCUGCGGCUCGAGCUUCAAAGCUCAAGACCGUCGAUGACGAGACUGUCAGCGUCGUCGGCAGCAGUGCGCGUCUUGGUGGCCAUCGGACGAGAGGUUCGAUGGCCUCUGUGCUCGAGAUGAUGAGCGUCACGCUGGCUGUGAUGCCUCCCCGGCAGCCCGAGAAGGUGUCGCUGCCCCUCAGUGAGUCGCUCGUGCCCAUCGUCCAGUCACAUAAUGUGUUGACGCGCCUUAGAAACUGAGACACUGGAUGACCUGACUGCCACGGAGCGAGCAGCCCGGACCCACCCAGAUGCCCCGCCUCAUCUCCCCCGCUGUCGUUCACCGACCACGCGCAAGAAAUGGCGAGUAUCCUCUACGCGCCGGAGCUGAUCGCGCCGCCGCCCAUCAUCUGGCUCCCGAACGACAAGGCGGGCGUCGCGCGAUCGGAGGCCGUGGAUCUACAGAAGUACCACAAUCUGAGAGUCACUCUGGAUGUGAGGAGGGAGGAGGACGCGUGAUCGACUUGAAAUGGACAAUGUAGUUAUCAGUAUCUUGUAUCCUCUUAGUUACCCAGUUAUAUCACAUCGAUGUAGGAUGGAUCAUGAGAGAAUCAAACAGCGGGAUAACAUUCGA